AUGUUUCCUGUCUACUCAGCUCGAUCCCAACAAGAUAUGUCUGCCAUGGUCUCAGCCCUAGCUCAAGUUAUUAGUAACACUGAUCAAAACCCAGUUCAAGUGCAUGGAAAUCCAAUAAUCACAUCCCAGUCUGGCACAAUAAGGGAACAACAUCAGUCUCAACCUGCUGUAGAUCAAGGGAACACAAGGAGAAGACACUAUAGAGGAGUAAGGCAGAGACCAUGGGGAAAAUGGGCAGCGGAAAUUCGAGACCCAAAUAAGGCCGCCAGAGUUUGGCUUGGCACUUUUGAAACAGCUGAGUCUGCAGCACUUGCUUAUGAUGAAGCAGCUCUCAGAUUCAAAGGAAGCAAAGCUAAGCUUAACUUCCCGGAACGAGUUCAAGGGACAAGCGAAACAGGUUACCUUACAACUGGUUUGGGGACUGAACAAGUUCCUAACCCGAUUCUUCAUCAUGCCCCUCAUCAAACUACUUCUCAACAAACAUAUCCCAAUAUGUUUCAAUAUGCACAACUUCUUCAGACUGGAGAUAGUAACUUACAUUAUGUUAAUGUGCCAAGUCUCUAUGGGCAAGAAAGAUUUGCAUCACAAACUUCAUCAACUACCACAUCUUCAUCAUCUUCAUCUUCAUCUCCCAUACCAACUCAACAACAGCAACAAUAUCAGCAACAAGAGCUUCUAAGAUUUCCAACGCACUUUGGAGGUGGUUCUUCUACUAGUUCUAAUCCUCGUAAAAACAUGAAAGACUUUUGAGACCAAUAAUUCAAAAGGACAUAUAUAUAUAAGGUAAAACUAAACGAUUUGGUGUUUAAUAUGUUAUACCUUUUCCCACCUUUUUAAAUUCUUGCUUAUGAAACUUUCUUCUAUUUAUGACUCAA